GGCAGCACUGCCGCCUGGCAGCCGUGAUUUGUUUACAAACAGAAGAAGCCGUGUCCACUAAGCUUUGCUUAAUUAUUUACUUAAGUAAUGUUGUGAGCGGAAGUAAACCCAGAAUCUUACACUAUUUUCUGUGUGCAAACUGAAGAGCCUCACAACAGUGUCGUCAUGCUUAAAAUGAUUCUGAAAUAGUGUUAAAAUAAUACAUUCUACGUAGACCCGUAAAACGUGGUGAAAUGUGGCUGUUUGCAGUUGGGUUCUUCGUGCAUCUAAUAUUUUUUUGUUCUGUGUUCGACAUAUACUUUCGGACACCUCUUAUUCAUGGCAUGACCCCGCAAAGUCACUCUCUUCCGCCUGCCGCCCGCAGAGUGGUGUUGCUGGUGGCAGACGGGCUUAGAGCUGAUGUGUUUUUUGACUACUCCAAUAACACCACCAGAGCUCCAUACCUCAGAUCCAUAAUUGAAAACAAUGGAACAUGGGGAGUGUCUCACACCCGGGUUCCCACUGAGUCUCGUCCAGGCCAUGUGGCAAUUAUUGCUGGCCUCUAUGAAGAUCCCAGUGCUAUUGCCAAAGGAUGGAAGGAAAACCCAGUUGAGUUUGACUCCGUUUUCAAUGAGAGCCGGCACACAUGGUGUUGGGGAAGUCCAGACAUUCUUCCAAUGUUUGCUGCUGGUGCUGAAAGGGAUCACAUAGAAGCGUUCAUGUAUAAAGCAGAAGAAGAAGAUUUUGCCAGUAGUGAUGCUUCCAGAUUGGACAAGUGGGUCUUUCAGAAUGUUGAAUCUUUCUUCAUGAAGGCAUCAAAGGACAAGACAGUUCAAGAUAUGUUGCAUGAAGAUAGGAUUGUGUUUUUCCUCCACCUUCUUGGACUGGAUACAAAUGGACAUGCCCACAAGCCACAUUCUAAGGAGUACAUGAAAAACAUUGAAACUGUUGAUGCAGGAAUUCAGAAAAUAGUUGAAAUUUUUGAAAAUUUCUAUGCUGACCAUCAAACAGCAUACAUCUUUACUUCAGACCAUGGCAUGACUGACUGGGGAUCUCAUGGAGCUGGUGACCCAAGUGAGACAGAGACGCCCAUUAUAGCCUGGGGUGCAGGAGUGGCAAUGCCCAAGGAUCCUUCAGAGUUUAAGGAGAAGAUGAUGUAUGAUGCCAGGGUGGAACGUUGGGGUCUAACUCAUGUAAGACGCCAUGAUCUUCAUCAGGCAGAUGUUGCACCCCUUAUGGCUUCUAUUCUCGGCAUACCUAUUCCAGUCAAUAAUGUGGGCAAGCUGCAUGUUGAAUAUCUAGCCACUUCAGAUGAGUAUAAAUCUGAGGCCCUGUUUGCUAAUGCCCGUCAAAUGUUGGCACAGUAUCAGCAGAAGCGGACACAGAAGGAGGAAGAGACAUUGCCCAUUUUUUACUGGCCCUUUACCAUUCUAACACCUGACAAGGAACUGGAGUUUCUUGCUACUAUUCGAAAUUAUUUACAAACUGCUCAGUUUGAUGCUGCUAACAGUGACAGCCAGCGCCUUAUUUCUGUGACACAACAAGGGAUGGACUACUAUCACAAUUAUGACCGCCUUGUCCUCUCCGUGCACAUAGCGCUUGGAUUUCUGGGGUGGAUUUUCCUCAUUGUGUGCCAUCUGUUAAAAGAUCACAGUGCUGUGCUGAGGAUGGCAGGAGGCACCAUUGAGGGUCGCAGAGUAUGGAGGUCUUCCUUUCUAAUGGCACUAGUGCUAGUGGUUUGGGGCAUCACAAACUUGACAAGAUUACUUGGUCAGCAUCACCCUUGGCAACACUACCUGUACCUGAUGACACCUGUGGGGUUGUGGGCAUUAGUACAUCAAAGCUGUGCUCCUCUCCGGGUGGCUUGGCUGCUUUUGUGCUCCUUCAACAUGGUGUGGGAAGUGGCUAUAAGGAUUCUCUUCGUAUUUGUUGGCAUCGAGAUUCUGGUCAUGGCAUUCUUCUUGAGGCCAAUGCUUUCUGUUGGACUGCUGUGUGUAGGGCUAUGGCCAGUUAUCAUGUACACAAUGCAAGGCACUGUUGAACGAUCCAUGAGGCUGGUGUGGAUUGGAGCCUGUGUCUUGCUUGCUUCUUUCACCUAUAUGCCAGUUGUGGGCAGAGAAGCAUACUACCCUAUGGUAGAGGUAGCUGGCUUAUUGGCAUUUAUGCUGGGAUGUAUUGGGAUCUAUUGGUGUGGUGGAGAGGGUGGAGGCCACAGACAUAUCCCAGGGGUAAUGUACUUGCAAGGUCUGAUGGUGGUAUGCACAGUGUACCUGGUACAUUCUACUGCCUCCAGCCUUAGCCGAAAGGAGGGUCUCCCAUUUGCAAACCAGUGGGCAGCAUGGAUUCUCUUAGUGUUGUCACUCCUGCUCCCGCUACUUGGCUCACAAAACAUGAUGGGACGGCUCCUGUCUGUUAGUACCUCGCUCUUCUGUCCCUUCUUACUGCUCUCCAUACGGCAUGAAGGCUUCUUCUAUAUUGCCCUUACCAUUGCCAUGUACCUGUGGCUCAUCCUAGAAUUUUAUCUUGCCGAAAAUAAUGUACAGAUUGCAAUGUUAAAAUUUGCCACCUGGUGCAGUGAAGCCCGCUUAGAAAAGGAGAGAGUCCUGGAGUGGUCAGAUGUUCGUCGUGCAUACUUCUUUCUAUUCUUCAUAGUCCUGGCUUUCUUUGGGACAGGAAACAUAGCCAGCAUCAACAGUUUUGAUCCUACCUUUGUGUACUGCUUUGUCACUGUUUUUUCACCGUUUCUUAUGGGAAGUCUUCUCCUGUACAAAAUCAUCAUCCCAUUCUUGCUGGUGACAUGUUUCUUCCACGCCAUCUGCUCACUUAUAAAGGUACCAACACGAGCCUUAUUCUACGUGUUCCUGGUGAUGUCUGACUUCAUGGCCGUCCACUUUUUCUUCCUCAUCAAGACAGAAGGAUCAUGGUUAGAUAUUGGAACCUCACUUAGCCAUUAUAUAAUCUCAAUGGCAACAACCCUCUUCCUUAUUCUUCUUCUUUUUAUUGCUAAAUUUCUAACCACUUUUCAAAUUGGAAAAGCAUCAACAGAAGGAGAAUGUGUUCUACCAAGGGUCUCUGUAGGAAGACCUCAUAGAGACUAAUUAUAGUUUAAGAAACAGUAUUUUACAUUUGUUUGUAGCGUGAAAUCAUGAUAAAUGUAAGUACAGUGGUGACCCCAGAAUCUGAAUGCCCUAUUGUUCAAACAAAUUUGAACCAAACCAUUUUUUCUUGAAAAUUUUGUCAUACAAUCCAAACACAUUUUCAGAAACUGAACACCAAUGUGGCAUGUAGGUUUGUUCAUGCAUCUUUCCUGCCUGUUCGACCCACAUCUUUGCACAAUGUUCCUUCAGUUUAUCACUAGUUUACUUCAUGUUUUCACCUUGAUUUUUUUUUUUUUUAUCACCCUUGUGCAUCCACCAUGGAUAAGUGAAGACAAAACACACACUCACACUUUCUGCAGUAAUGCUCCACUGUUGCAUCACAUUGGAUAUAAGGGCAAUACACAUGCUCACACAUUUUUAAAUACGGUGUUUUUUUUUUUUUUUUUUUUUUUUUCUCUCAUUAUUAUUACUUGAUAUGUGGGUAAUUUACUCAUCAUUUACUCAUGUUUAUUUGCAGUUAAAAGUAUCUUGAAAAUUGGUUUUCUUGGGGAGCAGGAAUGGAAAGUGAAUUAUACUUUUAAGUAUUUCUUAUUGUGAAAAUAGUUUGAGAAUCUGGACUUCUUGAAAUCCAAACAGCAUUUUGGAAUUAAUUAGAUUUAAAUUCCAAGGCACCACUGUACUUUGCUGGCUCUUUGAAUGAUCUCAGUAUCAGUGUUAAAAGUUGAAAAUUUCUUAUAGGUUGUCCAUGUUUAUCCAUUUUGCAUGAUCUUAUUACUCUCAAUUUCAUUCACUAACAAAUUGCUUUUAUAUGAAACUACCCACAGAAAAGUGGAUAUUUAAAUUGUUGUUCCAGCAUAUUUCUAAUAUUAUCUAUAUUGUACAGACUCUGGAAAAAUAUAAUUAAGCCUAUUGCUACAUGGUAAAGAAUUUAGUUGGAGACAUUUGCUAAAAGUAACCUGGUCUCCUCACAAAUAGAGCAGAAUGAACCAAGCAGAGAGGCUGGAUGUAUGAAGAAACAUCUUCUAACCCAUCAUUGGCCAAGAAAAGGAUUGCAAUCUUCAUGAGAAUUGGACAUAGUUGAUAGGAAAUGAUGAUUAAUGACAAUAGUAUCUUCAAAAUCCUACUAGAUACAUCAUAUCCUGCAAGUUAAGAUACAUGCAUUGGGAUAUGAUAGUUCAAGUAAUUAUAAAUCAAAAAUACUCUAUACACUUAUGAUGUGCCUUGCUUCAUUUUGUAAGAAAUUAAUGUGUAAGUUGUGUGUUGCGGGAUCUACUCCCCUGUGUGGGGCUCUCAGCUGUAUUAUUAAAUUCCCCUUUCCCUUGCCAUCCCCAUCCCUAUCCAAGGGCGUGUAGUAGAUGAGAACAAUCCUGUCCCUUUCCUGUGCCCGGGGUUCACCACAGUGGCCAAGAUUAAUGUUGGUAGCCCUUUCAAACCAACAAUUCUGAGAAAUGAGAUAAUGAAUGCAUUCUUCACUUACAUUUUCAUUAAUAUACAUUAUAUAAUGUAAAAUAAUGCAUAAAGUUGAUGAUCUACAAGUAAAUAGCAAAUGAAAAAAUCAGAUAUAUUGGUGACCUUGAAAAUCACUUGCAGGAGUAUGAGUUGCCAGUUAUGCCACGCUGGGUGGUUUAUACAUUUAUAUACACCAUUGUCUCAUGUUUCCCAGUCAUGCUCUCUAUCACACUUUGCUAUACACUCUGCAAACAAGAGAUGCUCACUUUUAUGGGCAGUGUGCGUGUGUGUUCUUUGAGGAGCUGCACUUCAUUGUCUGGUAGGAUGUUCUCCCAAUACUUUCUCUCUCUCUCUCUCUCUCUCUCUCUCUCUCUCUCUCUCUCUCUCUCUCUCUCUCUCUCUCUCUCUCUCUCUCUCUCUCUCUCUCUCUCUCUCUCUCUCUCUCUCUCUCUCUCUCCAUAGAAGUCUUCACCUUCCUACAUUCUUCUCUUCAUUCUCUUCUUCCUUUUUUUCACAUCUUGCUUUUCUUCAUUCCCCCUUUCCAUAUCAGAUUCCUUCACUCCUUUUUGACAUCCAUAUAUGUAUUCCCUCUCACUGAUUCUUUCUUUCACUCAUGAAAUUCUCUCUCUCUCUCUCUCUCUCUCUCUCUCUCUCUCUCUCUCUCUCUCUCUCUCUCUCUCUCUCUCUCUCUCUCUCUCUCUCUCUCUCUCUCUCUCUCUCUCUCUCUCUCUCUCUCUCUCUCUGCUUUAUGUAAACAUCCAAAAUUUGUAGUGUCUGCCUUUACAACCCUAAUUUUCUCCACUACCACAUUUUUUGUUAUGUACAGGAUGGCUUCUACCCAGCCAAUCAUGAAGAAUUGCCAGAGGUCUCCUACUUUUAACAAAAAACUCGAGGGCAUUGUUAUAAUAUUUGAAGCUUUCAUGACAGCAUGAAUAAGUUGCCAUUGAUCACUAGUUGAAGUGAAGCCCAGCGCAAAAAUUCAAAACACACCAUGAAAAAUUUACGAUUACUUAAGCAAUUGCCGCGUCACGGGACAUGAGAGACUUGAUUAUACAAGUGAUUGCUGCGGUUUAAGGGUUUAAAGGAAAUAGUUGGCAAAUGGCAGCUUAAUAUUUGUAUGUGUCAGUGAAGAAAAUGUACAAGGUAACAGCAAUGUGGUGGUUAUUAAACGCUACUUUUUAAACAUACAUAUGGCAAUUCACUGCAACUGUCACCCCUUCAACAGUUGACAUCUUGCCACUAAAAUGACAGGGCCUCAUCAAUCAGCUGACUGCCAAAGCACAUCUUUUUGCUGUGGUGAAAAUGCCUUUUACAUUCAGUAACAUUGAGUAUUUGGACAUGAUAUUCAUGUGAUGAUAUUCAUGCUAUAUUCAUAUAUAUUCAUAUUCAUGACAUGGUAUUAAUUCUGUGAUAGGAAUGCCUGGGCUGCAGCAGUAGAAUACAGAUUCAAGUGACCCAGACAGAAGGCAUCCUGUUAGUAGAGAAAUCUACAGAAUGUAUCAGCAUCUCCAUGAGAGGAUGUUUCCCCGGUACCUUUGCAACAGCUCAACGUAUUGGAGAAGCUCAAGAUGGUAUCAUCCAGUUGACAACAUAAAGCCCUACCAUCAGUACAAGAAUACAAAUACAAAUACACAAAUACAUAAAGGGUCAAAAUUCAUAAAACAGCACAAUUUGACAUCGCUUAGAAAAAAUAUCACAUAAUCUAAAUGGCAUUUGUAAGAAUGUUGGGAACACCAGGCUGUCAUCAUGAAGCUGGUGAGUUGCCAUGCAUGUUUAAAAAGUAGCAGUUAACCACCACUGUAUUGCUGUUACCUGUACAUUUUCAUCACUGGGAAAUACAAAAAUUAAAUUUGUUAUCUGCUAACUAUUUCCUGUAAGAUCUGACUGCAUAGAUUGUACUAAGAAAAUUCUCACUUAAUGCCAUGCGGCACCACUAGAGUACAUAGGGAGCUGAGGAAAAGGAAAGAAGACAUAGACUCACCCAGGCAAGUAGCUCCUGCAGCACAGAACUUACAAAUUAAUUUCUUGCAAAAUAAAGCAAAAUAUAGCAUAUAUGUAAAGAGUAUUUUUGACAUAGAAUUACAUGAACUAUCAUAUCCCUAAGUACGUACCUUAACUUGCAGGACACUUUGUGUACUAGCAACAUGCAGUGUCCAUGCUAAAUCAGUGAAAUAUCAGUUCAUUUUCUGAUGCAGGAUUCUCUCACUGAUAAAUGAGUUAGAGAAACUAUUUCCUUUCCCAGAAUGGUAACCAAUAUAUGGAUGUACUUGAGAAAAAUCUGCUCCUUUAUUUAGAGAUCACAUCAGUGACUGGUUCAUGCAUAUGUCAUACAGUGGGCCCUGCAAUAAUGAAAAAAAGUAAUUGAUUGCUAUGGAUAGAAUAUAAAUAAAAAAUAACAGAUGAUGAGGAAAG